AUGGAAGCAAAUAUCCCCCGGUAUCGGACGCAUCUCGUUCCCUUUCUCUUUGUUCUAUUUGCAGCUUCCUCAUCAGCAACUCCACCAGAUGUAGCCACGGCGACUGCGUCGUCCAGAGCUGCCUCAACCCAGUUACCAUUUCCACAGUCGCUUACCGAUAUCAAGCAAUGCGAUUCACAAAUUGCCGUUGCAAACGCCUCGAACACAUUCUCCAGCGUUGAAUCUCUCGACCUUAAAACAAAAGAUGCCGCACGCAAGCAACACCAGGUUGCGCUAUCACUGACAGUCAAUGCCCCUGUAGUGACCGACAAUACCUCGGUGAAGAUUAAUUCAACCGUCUGGCUUGGGAUCGACAAAGGCGUGGAUUAUAGUAGUCCUAGCCUCCCCUUCAGUGCAUGCUCUCUUGUUUUCAAUAAAAUUCCCAAUACAACGUCCCGCCGUGGCACUUCCCAAGAUGGGUUGUGUGCACAGACAUACUCUAAAGAGUGCGUUACCGAUCUUGAGUCUAAAGCUGCUACCAUGGCAUGGGACUUUUCAAAAAAAUCAUCACAGGGUGAAUCGCACAAGGGAGGGAUGUUUUCGGAGCUGCCGGAAAUUUGUAACUUCAUUGCUGAUCAGAUGACGAUUGCCUUACCCGACUCGUGUAAGGAUUUCGCGGAGAACAACCGGCUGUGGGAGAGCGUUGAUACUUUGCCUCUGACAGGAGAGAGGUCGCUCGGCCUGAGUGGCUGCAACAUUUCCGCAGACUCAUUCUACCAUGACACUGGCUUCAAGUCUUACAACACCUUCCCUAUCCACCAGUCAACCUUCAUUUCGCCGAGCAAUGCAUCCAACGCGACCAUCACGAGCGAUCUCGCCAACAAUCUUUAUUAUCGCAACGUGCUUGACCAGAUCGUGCCUGUGAUGAGGGUCAUGAUGCCAGCAGUGAACGGCAAUAUCAGCACAAAUUUCGUCAAGUUGGAGAGCGCGGAAGCAGAGAUGAGCUGCUUGGGAGCCAACUCCGUGAAGCCCAUGCCCCAAAAUCCGGUGGGAAUACCAAAUUCGAAGACCUCGGAGAGUGUAUCAUUCAGGGCGCAUACGACUGCUAUUGGGGGUUCUGGGCUGUUGGCAGUAGCGCUGGCGAUGGCUUUUGCUUGA